AUGUAUCAACAGCAUCAAACAUCGUACAGUGAACGUCAAAUAGAACGUCCGCUAUUAGAACGACGAAUUCGAAAUAAGUGUUAUACAAGCACAGUGAGUGAUUCUACUAAUACACUCGCUUUCUCACUCCUCGAAAUCAACAACAGACUUGAACGCAAAUCACCUUUGAGCGGAUUUUCGGGCUAUACAGCAUCUAGCACAUCUUGGAUGGCUUUCUUAGUGUUAACGGACCCAAAGAUAGUUUGGGUGAGUAUCACCCUCAUCCACACCCUAGGUGGUCGACCGGAGGCAGGCUGA